ACGGAGGAUGGAAACCCAGAACAAAACAAAACUGCAGUGAGAGGAGCUUGCUGGCAUUGGAAAGACAAAUUUCUGGUCAACCAUGUCAGGUUGUGCAACCAUGUCACAGUAAUGGGCAUAAGGGUGCCUGGUCCCUGCAUGUGACUUGAAGGAGAUCAUCCAUACUGUGUCUGAAACCAGGUUGAUGCUGAUUAGGAAAAGCACAGCAGCCCUCCUGUGGAAGCCUGCUCAGGCACAUGAAAGGCAGAACUCUUGGCAACGUCUGCUCAAAUACUGGUGAGCAGUAGCUUGAGGGAUCUUUUCCUGUAGAAGGAACAUGUGGUGACUGCACUAACAAAGGCUCUAGCAGUUUCCCUCCUAAAUUUGAAAGUGCUCAAGGACCACAAGCUUGGUAUUUCUGGCAAUUGCAUGUCCUGGGUUCACAGGGGUAGGUUAUGGGGUUGCCAAUUCACUAAUAUGGUUCCAAUGUCCCUGGGACUUUUUGUGUGCUGAACCCAGAAGUCAGAGGCAGCCCCUAACCCAGCAGUGCUCUCCCCAUUUCCAGCACAGUGAACCUGCGGGACCUGACAGAGACCUCCUCACGGCUAUUAAAAGGAGAGCAGAAUGGUGGCAGGCCAGGAGCCAACCGUGCUGCCUUCUCUUUGCUCCCUGCCCUGUAGCAGCCCUCUCCUUAAGGGAGUAAAGAGUUGAGAAUAUUCUGACACUUGAAAAAGUGUGAGCACCUGGUCUGUGCCAACACAUCCCCGCAAAGACUGCAGUCAAAAGGUGCUUCCGUGAGGCUGCUGAACUUCCCAGUGCCUUUGUUCUCUGGGACAGACAAGAUUACCUUGGGCAGCUGCUGAGACAUAUCCGGUAGGUGUGACCUACUUGGCAUUAGGCUCCACAUGCUCUCCUACACUCAUACCUGCCUUGGGUAGGUACAGAAAAGAAACAGGACAAUAAAUUUUGCUUUAAAAAAAUAAAAAAAAGUUAAGUGAAUCUAAUGCUACUUUCACUUUUCUGGAAUACUGGAAAAGAAGCUGAAUCUUCUUAGCCCUCUUUCUGUGAUGGAGAUAAUAGUCAACUUUGUGGAGUUCCUUCACAGCCUGUUGGCUUAGUGGGUGAUAGGAGUAAUGGGAAACCUAAUGGAGAAGUGAGAGAAGGAAUCAGUUGCCCACCAGAAAGCAUGUAAAUGUUCUGGUUUUCUGUUCCACUUUUCUUCCACAUGGGAAACUGAGCCGUAACACAGUGAGAUCUCACCUGGUGCAGCUCCUGUCCCAGUACAACACAGAAGCAGUGCAAGGACCAGCACCCUGAAGACCUUGGGAAACAUCUACUGGCGAGGACGGCCAGGUGGUGACUUUACUGCAGCCAUCAGGUGCUGGUGUCAUUGAUGAGAGGGAAGAAAAGAAGAGCAGAAUUGGAAGAACAUCCUUAACUUUGCAUGCCAGCAACUGACAAUGCUGUUUCUGACCGACCUGGUGCUGGGAGAGCUCCCACAAGAUUUCCAGAUUUGUCUCCUGCCAAAGCCUCUCUCAAGUUCAGAUCUCACUUGGAAAGUUUCCUGCAUGCACGAGAGCUGCCGUAUGCAGAGGAAGGCAAAUGCUUCCUGUUUUUCUACAGCAUGGCUGUCCUCCCUCCUCCUGUUUCUCAUGCAGGCUGGCAGUUGCCACCGCGUCCUUUGUUUGCUCUGUUUCACCAGACUGACUUCGAGUCUUUUUAUCUCCGCCUUGGCUCUCCGGCUGCCACGUCGCCUGCAACAUGGUGGAGUGGUGUUUACCUCAAGAUAUUGAUUUGGAAGGUGUGGAAUUCAAAUCCAUGGCAAGUGGGUCCCACAAAAUCCAGUCAGACUUCAUUUAUUUCCGGAAAGGGCUCUGUUUUGGGCUGGCCUGCUUUGCCAACAUGCCUGUGGAGAGUGAGUUAGAGCGUGGUGCCCGUAUGAAGUCUGUGGGGAUUCUGUCUCCUUCUUACACCCUGCUUUAUAGGUACAUGCACUUCCUGGAGAACCAGGUCAGACACCAGCUGGAGAUGCCAGGGCACUACUCCCAUCUAGAGGCAUUCUAUGAUGACAAGAAAGGUGUUCUCCCUGACAGCAAGGGCACCACCACCUCCCAGCAGCCGGUCCACUGGCUGCCGUCCAUCCACAGAUACAUGUAUCCUGAGAUGAAGAUCACACACCCUGCUGGCUGUAUGUCUCAGUUCAUCAAAUUCUUUGGUGAGCAGAUUCUUGUCCUCUGGAAGUUUGCCCUGCUGCGCAAGCGCAUAUUGAUAUUUUCACCACCCCCAGUUGGAGUUGUUUGCUAUAGAGUGUACUGCUGCUGUUGCCUUGCCAACGUUUCUCUACCUGGUCUUGGAGGAACUGUCCCAGAAUCCAAACCAUUCUUCUAUGUGAAUGUGGCAGACAUAGAAAUGCUGGAGACAGAAGUAUCGUAUGUGGCCUGUACAACAGAAAAGAUCUUUGAGGAGAAACGGGAUCUCUAUGAUGUCUAUGUAGACAACCAGAAUGUGAAAACACAUCACGAGCAUCUGCAACCACUCCUGAAAAUUAACAGUGCUGACAAGGAGAAAUACCGACGGCUUAAUGACCAGAGGCAGAUGUUAAUGUAUUCUCAAGAGGUGGGUGAGGACUGUAGCUCCUGUGAAGAGGAUCUUUUCAUCUUGUUUUUUAUGGAGCAGAACAACCGCAUAUUUCAGACACUGAUGGAGGUGUCAGCCAGCCAGGACAAGACCCUGACAGCUGACCAUGCACGAGGCAUGGGCCUGGAUCCCCAGGGGGAUCGAAGUUUCCUUAUGGACCUACUGGAAGUGUAUGGCAUUGAUGUUAUGCUCGUCAUUGACAACCCCUGCUGCACUUAAACCAAGAGGAAGAGAAACGGGGAGCAAAGAUCGCUUUUCAAAGAUUACCAGACAUUGCUUAGCAGCAUCACUGGAACUCACCGCGGCCACUGGAUGGAACUCAUUUUAUUUAAUAACUUUAUAUGGAAAGUAUUUAUAAUUUAAAAGAAAAUGUGAUUGUAUUUUUACCCCCUUGAUUUCCCCAAGGUGUACUCACUCCAGGUUUUUUGUUUUCAUCUCCUAUUCUUUUUCACUUGUGUUUUUUGUUUUGUUUAGAUAGGACCAGUGGCAUCUCUGCACCAACCCUCACUGGUGCCAGUGAGCUAGGUUUUGCCUCCUCUGGAUGCGUGAGGGCUGAAGACUUCAGGAAAGCACUUUGUCUGAUGGGGACCAAUGUGAAAUGCUGCCGCUGAGCUCUCAAGACUUGGCUGGAAAACUCUACUGUCAUCCCCUCUUCCCCUUGACUGAAGAGAGCUUCAGCACAGGCUGUUAGUGUCCCAGUAUCAUAAAACAUCUCCUGUUCCACCGUGUUUACAGGUGAGGACAGUUAAACAAAUGAUGAAGACCGGGACUCCUUUAAACACUUCUCACUCAACUUUUAGCAGCUGACGUGGAAGAAAGCCACCCUUCCUCAUCAAUGGCUGAAACAAAUUUGGGGUAAAGGGGUGCUAUAGGAUCUUAUGACUUUGCUUACCAGAGUGGUACUGUUUCAUUUCCAGCACUUAAGGUGCAAACAGUCUAUAAGACUAUACCUGCCUAUCUCACAGCUGGAGAAGAGCACUAUCUCUACUUCAUCCCUCCUUCCGUUUCCUCUGGUUUUCAGUUGUAUUGAACCUGCUGAUUUGGGUUAAUAUCUUCAAACCAGCAAGACGUCCUCACAUUGAAGAGGGUUCAACACCACUGAGCUGCCUUGCUGUUGCUAUGCUCUCCAAUCUCAGUUCAGAUGAUGCUGGGCAGGAUUACUUUGAAGAAGUAUGCCCCUAACUAAUGUCACUAGAUCUUCCUUUGUAGCAGACAGUACUUGCCACUCCUUUGUUUCAACACUGUCUGCCACUCCUCCUUUGUCAAGCAGCCUUCAGAACUGCCUCCUCUGUCCUUGUCUUUGAGUAUGAGACAGAGAGCAGUAUGUGACCUUCCAGCUGGAAUGACUUUAAGGCUUACAGGAAGUUCCCCUGGAGUUUGGUGUUGCUAACUGGCUGGAAGCAAUGGCUAACAGCAAGCCUUUUUCUACCUGGACAGACCAGUGUUUUCUCAUUCUUUUGCUGGGGAAAGAGCAGGAUUCAGCUUAUACAGGGCCAGAGGUUUUCUCUAGAAAGUCUAUGCCUGUGAAGGGUAAUCCUUCUGCCACACAAAGUCCAAGAAUGGAACUAUGGUUGUGACACAGUAUUUUGUCCAAAAUCCUUUAGUCAGUAGUAGCAUCAUCUUUAAGCUAACUGUUCAUUUACCAUUAUAGCUACUUAGUUGCUCCCUCUACCAAGGGACUUCAGCACCUUAGAGCCUUUCUGCAGUUUGUAGAGAUGCAAACUGUAGCUGGUGUUAUACAUUUACCAUAGCAUUUUAUACAAUGAGACAGCACCUGAACCUCUGAUGUCUUCUUAAAACAAUUGAAGCAAGUGUUCCCCAAGUGGACUCCUUAUGGAUUGUGUCCCUCUGCAAGGAAAGAGGUUGGCAUUUUUUUCUUGAAGGCUAUCUGCAGCAAAGGAGUAGUUUUGCUUGCUGUGGAUUCAGAAGUUUCCAUGAGGUGUGGGAUCAGAGGCCUCACAAGAUUUAUUGCACAGUUCAUUGGUAUGAACUUAAGCAGAUUAUGUUCUCGUGAUCUGUGUCCAAACAGUUGCUCCCUGACUUGCUUUUCAGGACUUGGAAUGCUUUUCUACAGGGGAAGACACUGUUGCUUAUACUGCCAGUUUUGGUGGGUUUUGUUUGUUUGUUUUUCAUUCAGGAAAGGUUUUGUUUUUAGAUUGGUACCCAUGGUAUGAAAGUGACUCACCACCUCUAUGCCUUCUAGCUUCCACUUCAGUUCUAACAUGCUGACUACAGUGAAGACCUCUGGGGAUGUUUGGCAUACAUCAUAGUGCUGUGACUUAAUUUCCUUCAGAUAUUAAAAAAAAAGAACUGAAACUACUUUCCAACAAUUUUUUUUCAUUUUCUGUGUAGCUUAGCUGUGAUGAGCUCUUGAUGACUUUCUGUUCUCUUUGGUAUUAGUAAUUUUUUUGCUGAACCAAACAGGAACAAACCUUUAACUUGUCAUGAAAGUUUCAAAGCCUCAAAGUUUUUCUAACAAACUGAAUUACAGCACCUAGUUCACAAGCUGUCAGAACAUGAGGGCCAUGAGACAGCAAGCAGAACCUCCUGGCUUGAUCAUUUAACUUUUAUUUAACCUCUGCUUUUCAAAAACUAGGUCUUCAGUUGUCAGCUAGAGUGUGGGUGCAGCAGUAGCAAAGCAAGCACUUUUACUGUAAAAUUAACAUUCAUGUUGCAUCCCAGCUCAAUAGCUACAGCCCAUGUUGCUCUUGUAAUUUUGUUUCUCUACCGCCUUUCUUGGAAGGAACUCAGAAGUAUCCAAAUAGAAAAUGGAACAAAAAGACUUAUCUAUCCUUCCUCAUUUCUUUGCAAAUGAACUCUUCAUCCGCAGUGUCUUUUAUAAUACAAUAGAUACUGCUUUUACUUGAUGUUGCACACAGAAAAUCCUAGAUAGAGCAGUAUGAAAUACAAAAGAAUGGCUAUAGCCUGUGCCACUAAGACCUGUUUAACAGGCUGGUUUUGUUUCCUAGCCUUUGAACCAAUUUCAAUUUUCAAUUGAAUUUUAUCUGUUCAGGAGCUAACUAACUGUUUUACUUUGAAUUAAGUACAGCCGUUUUAAUAGCUGCUUUUUUGAAUACUGGCAGCUGGAGGGGAGUCAGUUAUUUGGUAUAUUUUAAACUAAAAGAGAAAGAAAAGUAUGCCAUAAUGUAGGGUAUUGACAAGCACUGUAAGAUCUUCUUUUCCAGUUGAAGUACUUUGCCUUUACAGUGGUGCCUUUAAUCUCUGAUGUCUCUAGUUGGUUGUAAGUAAUCAGAGGCCAGGUUAAAUAGUGAUUCUAGAAACCAUGUCUACCCGGUGCCCCAGUAGACAGGCUGGUGUAUUUCUUUCCCCAAUUGCCUUCCUAGUACAGCAAUUAUAGGAAAGAGCAAGAACUUCACAGUUGCAUCUGUAGUUGUACUGGACACAUGUAAUUAAGUAAUGAAUUAUUAUUAUUUUUACUAUCUGGAGUAGAGGGUAAAGCUCAGAGGAGAAACAAAUGCUAGGUUUUUUAAAUCUCAGUAGGUGAUACACAGCAUUAGACAUUUAAAUCAUGAGAAAAUCUCACUGCAAGUGUAGGACAAGCAGCACUGAGCCAAAUACAGCUAAGAACAACAGUGGAUGCUAGGAGGGAAGCACUGUUCAGAAUUAGAUUUCAGAUUCAUCUUAGACACAUGCCAACACACUUUUCUAGCUUAAAUUAAGUAGUUACUAAAGUAGUUAGAGCUAAUGAUGACAUCUGUCAGAGGAAAUUAGCUCUCCUGCCCAGUAUUCUGAAGGGCAAAAGAAGGUUCUAUCACCUUUUCAACAAAGUAGCUUUACUGUACAUGCUCACCAAGUAAAGCAGCAUUGCUAUGACACUUCUCACUUCUUCCAUUUUAAGUGCCAAACUUCAUGGGCAAGAAGUUAGGAGUAGCAGUGGCCCUCAGGUGGCAAAGGACAGGCAUGCUUUGGGAGGGAGAAAGGGAGUGGUUUCUGAAACAGCAGGGCAAAAGUACUCUGUCCUCUUGUGUUUACAUAGCAUGCUAACUACCCUAAAUUCUCUCACCACAGCUGUAACUUCUAAUUUAGUUGAUGUUGAUUUUGGGGUUUUUUUUUGCUCCUUCUCACCCCCAAGCUAAUGGUCUGGUGAUGGUGGGAGAUAACAACACACUGGUGGGUUUGUUUUUUUUUUUUUAGAGGGACUGGAAUGUUUUGACAUCACAGAAUGGCCUAAUGGCAGCGAACUGGGAUUUCGGAUCCUGAUUAAUGCAGCAUGCCAUUCAAAUGGAAAUGAGUAAUUGUGGUUAAAAUAAACAGGUGCCUUGGGCUGGUUCAUUAUUAGGUUGUUAUCUUCAUUUUUAUUUAUGUUACGCCAUUUUAAGCCCUUCUAGAAUGUACUGUACGUUGAAGCCAGGAUAAAUGUUCUCAUGGAGUGGGAAGUUCUCCUCCUUCCUGUCUUGGGGUUCACACAAAUAAAGCUGUUUGUCUUGCUGUCAGAUAGAAACAUGAGAACAGAGUCCUUUCCUCUACACUGUUGGUAGUAGGUUCAGCCUACACUUUAUGUUAUGAUUUCUUCACAUCUUUCCCUCUGAACGUUGCAAUUCAGAUAUCUAGAACCACUUCAUAUUGAGAGACCUCUGAAUUGUGAAGGAAGGGAAAAAAAAUAAUCACUUGAAUGACAUUUAAAUAAGCUAUUCAAAUUGCAUUGAUAUAAGCAUUUAAAUAUCAGCCUGUAUUUCAGACUGGCCUUGAUACUUCAACAUCAGCACAGCAUUAUCAGCACCAGGUCUGAAAAGUGCUCUUGGUUACCCUUGAGCAAAGAAUCACACUGUUCAGAAGCCAUGGAUCUGGUAGUAGGUAAAGGAGUGAAUCAUUUUCCCCUUGAAAUGGUCCAGGUGAACCAGAAGCUGUAGGUAUCAUUUAGCCCCUUUAAGCAGGCUGGUUGUAGUUAUAAGAGCUCUGGUGUUAUUUGCAUCUCGCAGAUGUGCGGUUGUUCCCACAGGCCUGUGGCUGUGUAGUAGAACUGCUUACUAAUACAUAGGUAUUUUUUAAAACAAUUAAAGCUUACCUUUCUGAAAUGGCUGCUGCCUUGUCUUUCCUGCUACUUGGGCAAAAACACUGCUAAUUUUCCUAUGGAAGCCUCAGCUUCAGGAAAAACUCGGUGGGAACUGCCCCUGACAUUGGCUGCAGAACAACAUUCCAGGUGUCUCUGUGGCAAGUAAAAAGAACAGAGUGCAGCCAAGGUGUAUGAGUGACCCAGGGAGCUGCAGGGCACUUGUGUUUGCAGAUCCAAUAAAGACAGCUCAAUGCAGGCUUUGUAAGCAGCACUAUCAUUAGAAACCUCUAACAGGCCUCUGCUCUCCUUUAUCAUAGUCAUUAAAGGGUUUAGUGCUUAGGUAAUGAGUUUCUUUCCCCUACAGCCAAGGAAAGGUCAGCAUGCAGUUUGGUUCCAGCAUCACCCAGAAAACCAACCUGUUUCUGCCCUUUCAAAGCAUUUUGAUUUCAGCACGCUGACAGCAGAGGAUGCUGUUGCAGCAGCAUGCAGCCAGGAUGCUGCCUUAAAGAAAGUGACUGGAAAUCGAUUCGCUAAUGUCCUUACUUUGACUACAGCAAAGAAUCAACAGAUGAAUUUAGACUAGGCAUGGAGACUGUGCACAAACAGCAAUCACGUCAGAAAAAAUAACGAUCAAUUGUUCUCAAGUAAACAAGGCAGAAUCAAGUAAACUUGUAAGUUAUAAUAAAGCCUACAGAUAACCUUGCUGAAGUCAAUACCAUUUCCUUUCAGCAAUUAAAGUGAAGCUAUUUAAAAAAAAAAAAAAAAAGCUCAAAAUCAACAAAGCCAAUUAUGGAACUGGGGCUCAAAGGGAUAUAAGGCUGCAUAAGGGUGAUGAGCACUGUUUAUGUUAGUGAGAAAAGCAACCAGGUACAAUUAAUAUUAAACGAUAUUUGGAAGCUUGUAUUUGUCUUAUGCUGCUACAGGAACAAAAGAAAUACUUACAAGAAAGGCUCAUUUGGCUUGAAGUCUUUCCACAUGGACUUCAUACAGCUCCUAGUCCAUGGUGAUUCUCCAGUGUGCUUCUGUGUAGCAUACCUAAACAUACCUAAACUAAGAGAACACAUUUCUACUAUGUUAUUAACUAAAGCUCUGUACUGUUGAAUCUGGCAAGGUGAAGAGGAAACAAAGAUCUUACCUAGAUACAUACAUACUGAGCGUUUUCAAACUUCCUUUGAAAUCAUGUCACUGAUCUCCAAUUUAUUUUGGGACAGAUUAGAUAACCAUUCAGCUGUUUCAUAUAACAAUUCCAACAUUUCACAUACUUAGCAUUAGACCGCACCCGAAACAAAUUUUUCCAAGAUCCCAGCUUUCCUGAGAUUUAUACAUAGAUAAUGUAAACUCUUACAACACGAGGACAAAUACUCUUUCUUUUUGCUUCAACAUACAAUUGCAUUAAAGCAGUAGCAUUUGGCAUUCACCACUCAGCCUGUAGUGCUGUGAAUGGAACACUAUUGACUUCAGGGGAAAAAAAAAAUGCCAUCAAGUUAACACGCAAUUCUUAGAAUUCUAACUUGCACUUUCAAACCCCUUGAGACUAGCCAAAUAGCCACCUUCAAUGGAAGUACCUUGUGCAUAAAGUAGCUGAAUGGCUUGUUAAUCUGGUGGGGUUAAUCCAGUUAGUGAGGACAGCCUUGAAGAGAACCUGGCAGGAGUGGUGAAGAGUGGCCCUUUUGAUAUUAAUUCUCAUUGUAUGGCUGCACGGAGCAUCUGCUCUCUCAUUCUGGGAUCACAGAAGAACCGGAGUUUCCGGGGUAACAGCUUCACCUCCACAGGCAUAGCUUCGUAUUCCUCGUUAUCAAUGCCAAAGGAUCCCUCAGUGCCCUGUGUACAGAUAACAGUACUGGUCAGGGCUAAGCAGCAAACGUUAUUUCAGCAAUGCUGUAAUACUGAGACUUGAUUUCAGUGACUGACUGCAGUUCAACACUUAGCUGGGUGCUAACCAAGGUGACAGCCUCCCCAUGCCUUCCAGCCCCUUUGGUCUCAACUAUGCAGAGAAAGUUAUUCUUCAUUGCAAGGAAUGUAUAAGAGUCUGUGGUGUAAUGUUACCUCAGUGAGUUGUUAAUUGGUGAUAAUUAAACGCUAGGAAGAUUUAAUGACCCACACUGUUUAUACCGAAAGACUCUUUGCUGUUGGAACUAUAUUAUAUGUGCUUGGCUCUUCUUGAUCUGCCAGUGGUGACACAAGCUAAUCUGCAGAGGAGCCUGUUAAAUUACUCCUAUUAAAUCCACGUUGCAAACACCUUUUCGUAUUGCUUUACUAUAUUGAUCUGAAAUGUGAAAUGCAAAGUAUUUCACACAGGUCAGGAUUUACUCCGCAGAAUUUUCCUGAUCUUUUACUUUAAUGCUGAUAAAGUCACCAAUGAUUAAAACUGUUCAUCAAAAUGGCAGGUUGACUUUAUCUGCACAAAUCUGGUGUCUGCUCUGCAUGCACUUCGUUGACUCUAGGCAAGGCUGCCACUUUGAUCCUUAAACUAGCUCCAGAUGAGCUGGUACAUCAAAGGAGCUUAGAAGAAAGUAGCAUAGGUCCUGUUAAAUCACAGAGCUAUAGCAGUCCACCUGGUGAGCAUAUCCUCAAAACUGGUGAGACUUGCCUGAGCUGUCUCCAGUUCCCUCAUCAGCUCUAGAUCAAGGAUUCAUAAAACAACACUGCUCUGUGGCGUGCACAAAUACUCCAAAGGUCUCAGCUUGUAGUAUGAAGAGCUGAUUUUAUACCACAACCCCUACCAAUGGCUCAUCUGUAUUUAGCCCAGACUCCAGAGUGUUCUUUCAGAAAUACAAGAUUGCCACAAUACCAACUUGAUGUAAAUAUUACAGUGCUGACUAAUGAUUACAUAAUCCAUGAUUUUCACUUGUCAGAUAAAGAUUUUUUUCACUUUUU